AUGGGCCUCAAACACAAGGAGUUCGAGAAGGCCGGCAAGAAAACGGGCCGCCAGAUCUGGAGGAUCGAGAAGAUGGAAUUGGUUGAGGUCCCGGAGCCCCUCUACGGCAGCUUCUAUGUGGGCGAUGCCUACUUAAUACUGAAUACUGUGGACAUGACGCUGCAUAAACUUUACAAUCUGCAUUUCUGGUUGGGGAGUGAAUGCACCCAAGAUGAGAGCACAGCGGCGGCCAUAUUUACUGUACAGAUGGACGAACAUCUCGGUGGAUUCGCGGUCCAAUAUCGGGAACUUCAAGGCUACGAAAGCAGCACUUUUCUUGGCUACUUUAAAAGUGGAAUAAAAUAUCAGGCCGGUGGGGUGGCCUCUGGCUUCACCCAUGUGAUUACCAAUGAUCUUUCUGCCAAGAGACUUCUACAUAUUAAAGGACGAAGGGUGGUGCGAGCUACAGAGGUGCCAUUCAGCUGGUCCAGCUUUAAUACCGGAGACUGCUUUAUCAUCGAUGUUGGAGCUGACAUUUACCAGUGGUGCGGUGAAAAAUGCAAUAAGUACGAGCGCAUCAAAGCCGCGCAGGUUGCCAACAGCAUUCGUGACAAUGAAAGGAAAGGCAGAGCCAAAGUAAUUGUUGUGGAAGAUGGGCAGGAGCCAGGCGCUGUGAAGACGAUUUUAGGUGCAAAACCCAAGCUGCGUCAAGGGGAUGACGACACAGAUCAUGUGGCAGAUGCCAGCAACAGGAAGAAGGCCAAACUGCAUAUGGUUUCCGAUGCAAGUGGAUCCAUGAAGAUAACAGAGGUCUCACAAGAGAGCCCCUUCUCCAUGUCCAUGCUUCUGACAGAGGAAUGCUUCAUUCUAGAUGGUGGAGACAUGGUCUUUGUCUGGAAAGGGAAACAGUCCAACAAUGAGGAGAAGAAGACGGCACUGAAGACAGCUGAAAAUUUUAUCAAGCAGAUGAAUUAUUCCACCAAUACACAGAUCAUCGUUCUGCCUGACGGAGGGGAGACGCCGAUGUUUAAACAAUUCUUCAAGGACUGGAAGGACAAGGAACAAAGUCAGGGCUUCGGGAAGGUGGUGACCAGCGGAAGGGUCGCAAAAAUAAAACAAACUCCGUUUGACGCCACAACUCUGCACCAAUCACCGAAAAUGUCCGCGCAGUACAACAUGAUGGACGAUGGGUCCGGGAAGGUCGAGAUUUGGCGCGUUGAAAACACUGGAAGAGUCCCGAUACAACCCGAGGCCUAUGGACAGUUCUACGGUGGGGACUGCUACAUCAUUUUAUACUCUGGAGCUAAAGGAACUGUCAUAUAUACAUGGCAAGGCAAUAAGGCAAGCAAGGAUGAGAUUACAAUAUCUGCCUUCCUAACUGUACAACUGGACCGAUCUAUGAAGGCCGGAGCAACACAUACACGAGUUGUCCAAGGAAAGGAGCCUCCUCAUUUGUUGGCUAUAUUCAAAGAAAAACCCCUCAUCGUAUACAAAGAUGGAAGCUCAAGGAAAGGCAGCCAAGCCCCACCUCCUGCGGUACGAUUGUUUCAAGUGCGGAAGAAUUUGGGAUCCAUUACAAGGAUCAAUGAGGUUGAUGCCGAUGCCAGCUCUCUCAAUGCCAAUGAUGCCUUCGUCCUGAAACAACAAAGCAACUCUGCCAUCAUGUGGAUUGGAAAGGGUGCAAACGAGGAAGAGAUAAAGGGAGCCGAAUAUCUGGUGUCAUUUCUUAAGUGUAGCAGCACAAAAGUGUCAGAAGGCAAGGAGCCAGAUGCCUUCUGGAAAAUUCUGGGGGGUAAAAAGGACUAUCAGACGUCUCCUCUCCUGGAAACGCAGCUUGAUGAUCAUCCGCCAAAACUUUUUGGCUGCUCCAAUAAAACCGGGCGCUUCCUGGUUGAAGAGGUGCCAGGAGAAUUUACACAAGAAGAUCUGGCAGAAGAUGAUGUGAUGAUGCUGGAUACCUGGGAACAGAUAUUCCUGUGGACUGGAGAGGAAUCGAAUGAGGUUGAGAAAAAGGAAUCAUCGGCAGCAGCCAAAAGAUAUCUGGAAAGCGACCCAUCCGGAAGAGACAAGAACAUCCCAAUCACCGUUGUGAAACAAGGAUUUGAACCUCCAACGUUUACCGGCUGGUUUCUGGCCUGGGAUCCCGACAAAUGGCAGAAUAUCUUAUUUCGUGCAGUAAAUGCUUUGCUCUUUGUCUCUACUGGAGUACAUGUGGACAAGAAGUGGCUGCAAAAGAGCCUUUGGUCUGGAUACUCAUCUCAGAAGGCCUCAUGUAUCAUCAUCCACUCCAGUCUGACUCCUCACACCAGCACCAACCCAGCGCUCCUUUUCUUCUGGAGCCUUAUUACGUAUUGCAUGCUUGGAAAUCCCAGGUUCCAUCCAGGGGAGCUUUCUUGA